ACACACACACACACACACACGCCUCGCUUUCUGCAUGUAAAAUGUGUGUGUGGUUUAAAAGCCAGUGGUUGGCUGGUUUUCCGGACAUGAUGUGGUUGAAGCUGUCACCGUAAUGGAAAUUCAUCGCUGUAGCUAUGUAAAUCGGGUUUUCUGCCCGUGCUGAAUGCAUUAGUCCUCCUGAGAUGUUUGCAGCCGGAGAGCAGGGCUGCCGCAGACUAACUGUGAGCUACUAACACACGGGUGGAAGAUUAGCUUUUCUAAUACUCGGGUUGCAUGUACCGAAAGUCAUCCAUCUUCUGAGUCAACAUUCUCGGCCUGGUAAAGCACCUGAGCAGGGCUCUGAACCAGCGUAGCACCUCUCCUGCUGUGAGAGAUUUGUUACUUCCUUCUGCAAGACUGGCACCAGCAGAAAUGCAGUCUCCGAGGGUCCCGGGGAGGAAGCGAGGCCGGCCCCCUCUUCAUUCGACGCCUGUGAGGAUGGCAGUUCAUAACCUUUAUUCUGCUUCAGCUGGUUCUUUACCCGCAGUGAAGACCCCAAAGAAAAGGGGGCGGAAACCUGGGCACAAGCUCAAGGCCAGGGUUCUCAUGACCCCUGUAGCCCUCUCACCUCCGCGGAGCACCCCGGAGCCCGACCUCAGCUCCUUCCCUCAGGACGCAGCCACCAUUCCCUGCUUGGCAGCCCCGCAGGCCCUCACAGUCCGCCUCUACAUCAACAAGCAGGCUGACGCAGGGCCGUACCUGGAGAGGAGGAGGGUGCGGCAGCUCCCCGAGCACUUCGGGCCCGAGAGGCCGUCGGCCGUCCUGCAGCAGGCCGUGCAGGCGUGCAUCGACUGCGCCCACCAGCAGAAGCUGGUCUUCUCCCUGGUCAAGCAGGGCCACGGGGGGGACAUGGUGUCAGUUUCGGCCUCCUUCGACGGGAAGCAGCACCUGCGGAGUCUGCCCGUGGUGAACAGCGUCGGGUACGUCCUCCGCUUCCUCGCCAAGCUGUGCCGAAGCCUCCUGUGUGACGGCCUCUUCAGCCACCAGCCCUUCGCCAGAGGCUCCAGGGCCUCCGAGGAAGCCCGGGGGAAGCAGGAGGGCAUGGAGGCAGCAAAAACAGUCACCACUGAGGAAUACCUGGUGAGCCCUGUGGGCAUGAGCCGCUACAACAUGGACCCCUCCGCCUCCGCCUUUAGCCACAGGGGCUCUUUGCCCACCUCGUCCGCGCUGUACUGCAAGAGGCAGAACUCUGGAGAUGGACCCCUUGGGGGGUGCCUGGCCACCACUGCUGGUGGUCCCCUCACCAGCUCCCUGUCCUCUGGAGGCCCCUUGGCACCUGGGCUGAGGCCCCCAGGCUCCAGCACCAAGAGAAAUGGGACCUCUCUUGAAGGAAACAGAUGUGCCUUGAGCCCUUCUCCAGACCGGCAGGACGCCAGGCGGCCGAGGAGCAGGAACCCAUCCACCUGGACCGUGGAGGAUGUGGUCUGGUUCGUGAAAGAUGCUGACCCACAGGCGCUGGGGCCGCACGUGGAGCUCUUCAGGAAGCAUGAGAUCGAUGGCAAUGCCCUCCUGCUGCUGAAGAGCGACGUGGUCAUGAAGUACUUGGGCCUGAAGCUGGGACCCGCGCUGAAGCUGUGCUACCACAUCGAGAAGCUGAAGCAGGCCAAGUGCUGAGGGUCUCAAAGCUGGAAGCAAACUCCAGGCGGCAGGUCUCACGGGCAUCUUCCGCCGUCCCCACACCAGCCGCAGUCGCGAGCAGAUUCCCUUCUUAAAACCAGCAGCCCAGCUCCUUGGGCUCUUAGGAAACUCGUGCACCGUCACCUCAAAACUUCCACCCGGCCCUUCAGAAAGGCUCCUCCACAUGAACGAUUUGCCAAAAAAUAAUUAUCAAGAAAAGCCUCUUACUUUUCACAUUCCUGAUAGAUUGGUUGCUGGUGGAGUGGCUCCGCUAUUUUAAAACGAGAGAGGGGAGACGGAAGGCCAUCGCCCAAGGGGAACACCGGCCAGGGGCGUGGGAGGCCGCCGCCCCGCAGGCUGUGCGCAGAGCCCCGCGUGGCGCCGCCUGCCCGGACUCGACCUGGGCCCCGGGCCCCGUGGGCCCCGCUUGAUCGGCUCUGGAAGCCGUCCUCUGAGGGUGAAUGCCCCACCCUGCGCUAUCUGGAAAAACUUGAAUUCUUUUGCUCCCUGAAAGAGAGGAAAACAUUUCUUUUCCCAUCCGAGUUACCCGAAGUGCUGUGUUGUGCCACUAGGGGGCAGACUGCUAGUGAAAUUUCAGGACCGUCCCUCCCGGAACCGGGGAUUCGGGGCUCAGUGGAGGGUUCUGUGCCCAGGAUCCAGCCUGCACGGACACUGGGGAUGCUUCCCACCGUCAGCACCACAGACGGCCGCUCGGGAAGAAACCGCCUUCUGGAGAGUUCUAGUUCUUAGCCAAUCCUCGCUGACUGCGGUGUGCAGACCCCAAAGGCAGGAGCUUGGAGGCACGUUCUUCCAGGUGGGCUCGGGGUCCUUACGAGCGGCUGACGCGCUGGCGGACCGAAGGGUCUUGGG